AGAGAGAGUGUGUGCGUAUGUGUGGGUGUGUGUGCGCAUGUGUGUGGGUGUGGAAAUACCUAGCACGCUCAUUGUCCUAUCCGCCUACCUACCCGCCUACGUCUACACCAACCCGUAACCUCGAUCUUACAUAUACAUACACCUUGCACAUACACCUUACGCAUACACCUUACACAUACUCAUACACAUACUCAUACUUAUACUCAUACUCAUAUUCAUACACACGCCUCCUCUUACAUAGGUACCUACCUAUACAUAUACAUCCAUACCUAGGUACACCUACAUACAUACGUGCACUCCUAACUUACAUGCCUUAUACAGAGGUACCUACCUAGGUACCUACCUUAGGUACCUACUUUCCUCUGCGUUAGGCACCUACCUACCCCUAACAGAGGUAGGUAGGUAGGUAGGUAGGUAGGUAGGUACCUAAGGUAGGAGGAGGUAGCUAGGCAUGUUCCGGUGCUCUACCCGUGUCACCGUGGGCUAGAACACGGCAUUGCAUCGCCUAACAUACCUGGAUACUUUACCUUUCCUCUGGUAUCCAACUAAAGGGAGACGGCCACGUUUUCUCUGCUCCGACAACCUAGUAGUGCUAGAUACCCCCCUGCCUACAUACGCCCGUCCACACAGCACUCGACUACCUCCUAACCUACACCAUACAGGUAUAUACCUACUACAUAUGUAUGCAUGUAUAUCCCUAUAUAAAUUACCUGUACAGAUUCAGAUAGCAUUCGCAUACGCAUACGCAUUCGCAUUCGCAUACGCAUACAUAUGUUUAUCUAUAUAGGUAUAUGUAUAUACCUAUGCAUACCUACGUCUCUAUACCCAAGGCAAUAUAUCCAUGUAUACAGGUAGCAAACAGGACGAUCGCGUUGUGCGACAGUCUGUCCUCAACACGAAGAGAGCC